GUUCCUUGUUUCCGGGGCCCAGCUGAACCCUCACUGACGUUUCUCAAGUCUGCCCCGAGAUAGACUGGAGAGAAUGGCUGCCAGUGGAGAGGUAGGGAAGCUGUUACAAGUACAAAAUGGGACACCUCCAAGCACCAACUACAACGGGGUAGAUGCUGUUCAUGCCUGUAACAUCCUUCAGCAGCUCAAAGCCUUGUAUGAUGAAGCACAGCUCACAGACAUUGUCGUAGAAGUGGACCAUGGCAAGAAGUUUGCAUGUCACCGGAAUGUCCUUGCAGCAAUUAGCCCGUAUUUUAGGUCCAUGUUCACCAGUGGCCUUACAGAGAGCAGCCAGCGUGAGGUCAGAAUUGUUGGGGUGGAAUCUGAAUCCAUGCACCUCGUCCUAGACUAUGCCUACACAUCCAGGGUCAUGCUUUCUGAGUCCAAUGUCCAGGCCCUGUUCACUGCAGCCAGCAUUUUCCAGAUUCCUGCCUUGCAGGACCAGUGUGCCCAGUUCAUGAUCAGCAGACUGGACCCCCAGAACUGUAUUGGGGUCUACAUGUUUGCUGAUGCCUAUGGACAUCAGGAGCUGAGGGAACGCUCACAGGACUACAUCCGCAAGAAGUUCUUGUGUGUGUCAUGGGAGCAAGAGUUCCUCCAGAUGACCAAGGAGCAGUUGGUCAGCAUUUUGAACAAUGAUGACCUCAACGUGGAGAAAGAAGAGCAUGUCUAUGAGAGCAUUGUCCGUUGGCUGGAGCAUGAUCUGUCUGGCCGUGAGGCCCACCUAGCUGAGGUUUUUUCCCAAUGCAUCCGUCUGCCCCUGCUGGAUGAGGCCUUCCUCAGUCGGAUACCCGCCCCUUUUGCUUGUGCCCUCUCCCUGUCGAAGGACCCUGCUGAGGCCAAAGCUCGCCUCACUGGCACAAACGGUUGCCCACAGCGCCUGGGCAUGACUGCUUCUGAGAUGGUCAUCUGCUUUGACGCCGCUCACAAACACUCAGGGAAGAAGCAGACGGUGCCUUGCCUCGACACAGCCACAGGAAGAGUGUUCAAGCUCUGUAAGCCACCCAAUGAUCUCCGGGAGGUCGGUAUCUUGGUGUCCUCAGAGAAUGACAUCUACAUUACUGGAGGUUACAGACCGAGCAACAGUGAAGUGUCCAUAGACCAUCGGGCAGAGAGUGACUUCUGGCAGUACGAACACGCAGGCAACCGAUGGCUUCCACGCGCACCUCUUCUGAGAGCGAGGAUAGGCUGCAGGCUUGUGCACUGCUGUGGGAAGCUUUAUGCACUGGGGGGCAGAGUAUAUGAAGGUGAUGGGCGAAAUGCAUUAAAGUCAGUAGAGUGCUACGAUGCCAGGGACAACUGUUGGACAGCGGUCUGUCCUAUGCCAGCGGCCAUGGAGUUUCACACUGCUGUGGAGUACAAGGAUCGCAUCUAUGUCCUCCAAGGUGAAUAUUUCUUUUGCUUCGAUCCCCGUAAGGACUAUUGGAGUCAUCUUGCACCGAUGACUGUCCCUCGGAGUCAGGGUCUGGCUGCCUUGUAUAAGAACUGCAUCUACUACAUUGCCGGCAUCUGCAGGAACCACCAGCGCACCUUCACUGUGGAGGUCUACGACAUUAAGAAGAGCACAUGGAGCCGCAAGAGAGAUCUGCCCUUUGACCAAGCCACAAGCCCGUAUAUAAAGGCCAUGCUGCUGCAAGGCAAGCUACACCUGUUUGUACGAGCCACACAGGUGAUGGUGGAGGAGCAUGUGUUUCGCACCAGCCGCAAGAACUCCCUUUACCAGUACAACGAUGAAGCAGACGUAUGGACCAAAGUUUAUGAGACACCUGACCGCCUCUGGGAUUUGGGUCGCCAUUUUGAAUGUGUCGUGGCCAAACUUUACCCACAAUGUCUACAGAAAGUGCUUUGAGGUAGUUGGUUUUUUGGAAAUCAAUCUAUAGGGCAGAGGGAGUAGUGUGUGUCCUGCCUGCCUUGUGCCUGGUGUUACCUUGGGUUUGCACCGCAAGGACCAUUUUGGGUUAAGUCUUAAGGCGUUCAAACUUUGGUUCAACAUGAUCAAAAUGGGGGUGCUUUUAAAGCUUGCAGUAUUUUUUUUCCAGACAGCACCAACUACCCACACAGAUGCUUGUUUAAAAAACAUUACAACGAAUCAUAAGUGCAAUUAUCCUAUUUUUUGCUUGUUGUUCAGCCAUGUUCUAUUUUUGUUUUAGAUACAUAUAAGUAAGGAUUUUUACAAAUCAAAAGCAUGCAAAUGAGGGUAUUGACAGGAUAAAAGUGCCCUCUGGAGAUAUGGAUGCUAUGUGUCAGCAUUAAGUGAAAAUCUAUAUAUAUAUGACUAUAUAAACUAUGUAUUCAUACGGGUAAGAUGAGUACUAUAGCUCAUUAGUAGUUUGCUGGCUCUGAGGCUUUUGUGUUUGUGUGUGUUUUUACUAUUAUUUUUUCUAUUCUGUUUUCAAGUCUUUCAUCUUAUUUUAUAGACAGGUUUUGAAGUGUGCUUAUGAUUUACAUUACCUUUAGUGUUUUUGAAGCUCAUAUGAUAUAUUAAGGCCCCCCUCUUCCUUUACAUGCGUCGGUGUGUCAAACAAUACACAAGUGUGGCUUCCGAGCUAUUUUUAAGUUUUGCUUGAGAUUCCAGUUGCAUGGGGGGCUUAUACCUCCCACUCUUUGAGUUGACAUCCAUUUUGUGUCACAUGUGAAGACAACUUAAGUGAAAUGUUAGAAUACUCACUCUCCACAUUGGAGAAACAUGGACGGAGUCAAAUUUGUGUCAACACUAAGUGGAACGUUCAGACCAACUAACAGGCUUACCUCAGAAACUUCAGAUAUGUUUGAUUAGGAGAAAAGGGACAUUUCAGGCCAUAGUGUUGAUUAAGCAACUGUGUGAAAAGCUCAGUUAAGCAUCGAGCUCUGUUGAGGUUGUUUUUCGACAUUGGAUUAAUAAUCAUUUGAAAGAAGGUUGAAAGAACCUUCCUCUUAAAUGCCAAUAAAGCAUUUGAGGUCUUGUUAUAGUUGAUCUGGACAUUGAAAAGAAUUGUGUGGUAGCAAUAAGUCAUGGAACUGUGAUUAGGCUAUAUUACGUUAUAUUACCUUUAGUAAAAGUGCAUUCAUUGUUUUGUGUGCUUGUCUCUGCUAGUGAAAAUCAUGGUAGUUCCAAUGAUUGUGUGGCUGUUGCAUGGGUGCAGGCUUGAAGUGAUGCGUAAUUUAGUGCAGAUCAUUUGGGAUGCCGAUGUGCCUGUGGCUUGAAAAGGGGCCUCAGAAUCAAAAACUGUUCCUAUGUAAAAGAUUAUCUGAAAAGUCUUACUCAGCGUUGCACUGAAUCACUCUCCACUUCAGCAGUCCUUAACUGCAAACUUUACGAAGCACCCUCGUGAACAAGUGAGGGUGCCUCGGGUUGUGUGCUAAUUCAUCUAACCAUGAGCCAUAAUUCUGUCUCUACACGCCAUCACACAGAGGACACAAGUUGUUGGUGCUGCUUUUUGUUUUGUUGACAAUCUUGUAUAGAAGAAUUAAUACAACCACUGAGUGGCGUUCCUUGUGAAAGUGGGACAUUUUCAGUGCCGUCAAUUUCCUCAUGCAGGUUCCUGUGUCAUCUUUGCACUACACAUUUCUCUUGUAUUUCAUCUUAAA